GCUGCUUAAAUCUGCUUCUACCACAACCUCACAUUAGAUUGGGAUCUUCUUAACACUUUUUUGCAGGAAACAGGAAGUGUUUUUGUAUUUCCUGAAACAGAGUAAAAGAUUUCGAGCUUAGUCCCUCAAGUCUAACACAGUUAAUGAUGUUUUGUUACUGCACUGCCAUCCUGCUCCUUAUUUUUCAAAAAUGUGUCUUCUGUUACAAACCAUGUGGAGAGGUGAAAAAUGUUUCUGCUAUUGAGGGGGAGAAUGUAAUCCUACAAGUGGAUGAAGAAAUGAUUAAAGAAAUUUCCUGGGUUUUUGGUAACAAACAUAUAGCAAAUACUAAACCAAACAAAACUAUCGAUAUCAAAAGUUGGGAUUACAGAUCAAAGCUUUACACUGAGGGAAACGUCUCACUGGGAAUCGUAAAAAUAAACACGAAACAAAGCGGAACAUUCGUGGCCAGUAUUUUUAAUGAAAAAGGUGAAUGUAGUCAAGAAUAUCAUCUCACUGUGUACAGGACAGAGAAGGGUGGGAUGGUGGCCAUUGUGACACUCACGUGCGUUGUUCUGAUAGUACUGGUGACUCUCUGCACUUGCUGUCUGAAGAACAAGAAGAUGAGGACUAUGCGCUGUUCUAGCUGUGGGAGAAAACCAAACACUGCACCAUUUACUGGAGAUAUUCAGACAGAAAAUGUUUAUUAUGAAAUACUCUUAAAGGGAAAGCCUCCUAAUAUGACAGUCAACCAUGAGAACAAGGACGUCGUAGAAAGGAGGGAGACAACGGUAAACACCAUCUAUGCCACAGAAACCAAUCCAUCCAUGGUUCCAGUCGAUAACUAAAUGCUCUGAGGUCCAGUCUACAGUACAAGACAUGAUUGUAUGAUAAAUGAUCCUGACCUCAAUGUAUGGAGACGAGACCAGAUGCCUGAAGAAAACAGACUAGGAGGUGUUCUUGUACCCAAUCAAUAGUCCAGACUGCAAGAAAGCUUGACGCACUAUUCCAAUUAGUAUAUCUACCUUGGCUGAUUGGAUAAGAGAUCUUAUGGCCUACACCAGGGGAGGUUUAGAAGAAAGAGGUUGCAGAAGGGCCACUUGAAGCCUCCCCGCCAGC